GCAGACAUGGAGACGCAACAAGGUCGCAGCGGGAGCGUCUGAUCCGUGGACCAACACCACCUCCAUCAUCAAGACGGGGGCCACAAUGAGUGAGCAGGUGCCAGUCACACCGAGCUGGCUGACCCCUGACCCUAUCUGGGUGAGCAGCGGUGGGGGGAGCCCAGAAAACCUCACGGUCGGAACGCCCCCUCCGCCGCCCGCCCUGCCGCCACAGUCCACCGCCGAGCUGCUGGUGAACCCGUGGGACAUUGUGCUGUGCACGUCAGGUACGCUGAUAGCCUGCGAGAACGCCCUGGUGGUGCUGGUGAUCUGGCAGAACACGGCUCUGCGGGCGCCCAUGUUCCUGCUGAUCGGCAGCCUGGCGCUGGCUGACCUGUUGGCCGGCGUGGGCCUGGUCCUGCACUUCGCUUUCGCCUACUUGCUGCGCUCGGACUCCGCUCAGCUCCUCACUGUCGGUUUGGUGGUGGCGUCUUUCUCUGCGUCGGUUUUCAGCCUGCUGGCUAUCACCAUCGAUCGGUACUUGUCGCUGUAUUAUGCAUUGACUUAUAACUCGGAACGCACUGCCGCUUUUACCUACACCAUGUUGGUGCUGCUCUGGGGCGCCUCGCUGUGUUUGGGUGUCCUGCCCGUCACUGGCAUCAACUGCCUGGGUCAGGAGGACGCCUGCAGCGUGGUGUGGCCCCUGACCAAGAACAACGUGGCCGUUCUAUCCGUGUCCUUCCUGCUGCUGUUCGGGCUCAUGCUGCAGCUCUACGUGCAAAUCUGCAAGAUCGUCAUGCGCCACGCCCACCAGAUCGCCGUGCAGCACCACUUCCUGGCUGCCACGCCGCACUACGUCACCACGCGCAAGGGCGUGUCCACGCUCGCCAUCAUCCUGGGAACAUUCGCAGCCUGCUGGAUGCCCUUCACCGUAUACUCGCUCAUCGCAGACUACACCUACCCUCCGCUGUACACCUACGCCACGCUGGUGCCCGCCACCUACAACUCCAUCAUUAACCCCGUCAUCUACGCCUUCCGCAACCAGGAAAUACAGAAGGCGCUGUGGAUGGUGUGCUGUGGGUGCGUCCCGGCCAGCGUCGCGCACCGGGCAAGGACGCCGAGCGACGUCUGACGCACGCCCCGCCGGAUGAGACUUUAGGAAUCGAGCGGAAUUUAAGGA